AUGUCAAUCGUAAGAAGCAAGCUAAUUAGUGACAUGAAUUACAACAAUUGGCUAGAUUUAAAGAAGAAGGGAGGAUGUAUCAGCGAUAUGAAAUGCCUUGCAAUUCUUGGUUCUCGUCUUUGUUUAGACAUCUUUCCUCAAAGAUGUAUAUCAGAAGCAAUACUUGCUAAAGCUUCAGUGCAUAUCACCGAUGAAUCUGAAGGGGUUGAGUUGAUAAGGGUUCUGGAUCCACUCAUAAAUAUGAUAAAGGAAGGAUUGGUUGAAGAAGGAUACUGA